AUGAAGAUCAUCUCCUGGAACUGUAGAGGCAUCGUCAAUGGACGUGUUAAGAAACACGUGAAAGAGUUACUUAACACGUCUAAAGUCGAUGCCAUUUGUCUCUUGGAGAUUCGUUCCCCCAAUGCGCAGGGGAUGACUAACUUAGUUAGUCGGCUUGGUUAUACUAACAAUUUCCUUGUAGAGCCGUUGGGUUUUGCAGGUGGUCUGCUGGUAUUUUGGAACCAGGGUCAAAUUAACCUGGAAGUGAUUGGCCAUUCUUCCCAAUCUAUCCAUACGAAAGUUAAGCAAGGUUCUAAUGAGUUCUUCUUCACUUUUGCAUAUGUUAGACCGAAUCUCGUGGCUAAGAAGAGAUUCUGGGACAAUUGUAAGGUUAUAGGGGAUAAGCUACAAGGUCCCUGGGUGGUUAUGGGGGAUCUAAAUGAUAUCGCAUCAGAAGAGGAGCAAUGGGGUAGUGAUAACAUCUGCAACGCUACCUUGCAAAAGUUUGCCGACGCGUAUAGCGGUUGUCGCCUCUUGGAUCCGGGUCACGCAGGUCCCAAGUUCACGUGGUAUAGGACAGUAGGGAACAGAGUGACUCAAAUGCGGAGACUUGACAGAUUACUCUGGAAUGUAGAAGCACAAUUUGCUUUCCCGGAAGUGCUCUUUAUGGACGUUGCUGGCUCUCCCCCUAAUAGCAACAUUCGACCAAAAAGGUUUGAGGCAGCUUGGCUAACCAGAGAAGACUAUGCUACAAUCUGGAAAGAUGCUACCCGUGUUACAGAACGGAGUAUGGUGGAUAUUAUUGCAGACAUCACUGAACAGAGCUUCGCUUGGAAUAGGAAUGUGUUUGGUAAUGCCCUGGAACGUAACCUCACAAUGGAACUCAAUGAGGUUCUGGAUCAGGAAGAAGCUUUGUGGUUUCAAAAAUCAAGGAGAGACUGGAUUAGAGAGGGUGACAGGAACACCCGGUUCUACCACACAGCAACAGUGAUAAAGAGGAACAGGGGUCGAGUUCGGGUACCUCGUGAAGAAGUAGGGACUUUGGUUCCGAUUGAUACGAGCCGAAAGAUUUCCUUUGCCCAAGCAAAUAAACUGUGUGGGAGAGUUCCGAUAGAGGAAGUCAAAAAGGCGGUGUUUGGUAUGAAGAAGUAUGGCAGUCCAGGCCCGGAUGGGAUCCCGGCAAUCUUCUAUCAACAUUUUUGGGGAGAGGUUGGCCCCACUUUAACCAAUAUGGUCAAUCUAGCGUUGGAGACAAGCACGGUCGAUAAGUCGCUCCUGAGAGCUUAUAUGACCCUGAUACCGAAGAAAGACACUCCGGAGACGGCAGCUGACUUUAGGCCAAUUACCUUGCUCAAUGUCGCCUUCAAAGUUAUUUCUAAAGUCUUGGUCAACAGGAUGAGGCCCAUAAUGUGUAAACUGAUCGGCCCUCAUCAAAACAGUUUCCUUCCGGGCCGGUCAACUCUCGAUAAUGUGAUUCUGACACAGGAGAUUAUACACAAUAUGCACAAAAAAAAGGGGAGGAAAGGGCUUAUGGCGGUGAAAAUUGACCUCCAAAAAGCUUAG